UGCUCAGCUGUAAGGGAUGGGCGCCGAUUCAAUUCUCCCUCAGCAAACUCCGGCGAUGGACGUGCACAUCUUCUUCCUGCCCUUCCUCUCGCCGGGCCACAUGAUCCCCAUGGUCGACCUCGCCUGCGUCUGCGCCGCCCGCGGCGCCAAAGCCACCGUCGUCACCACCCCCGGCAACUUCCCCCUCAUCCGCCCCAUCCUCGACCUCACCAACUCCGGAUCCUCCCUCCCCGACCCCGUCCGGCUGCUCUCCCUCCCCUUCCUCUCCCCCGACUCCGGCCUCCCCGACGGCUUCGAGAACCUCCUCGCCUUCCCGAACCCCGACGUCACCCCCGAGAUGUCCGCCGCCAUCGAGCUGCUGCAGCGCCCCUUCGUCGACCUCAUCCGGCAGCACCGGCCAGACUGCGUCAUCUCCGACCUGCACUUCCCGUGGGCCCGCGACGUGCUCGGCGUGCCGCGCAUUGUCUUCCACGGCACUGGCUGCUUCUCCCAAAUCGUGCUCGGCACCCUCAGCCUCCUCGGCACCCAAAAAGUCGCUUCCCACGGCGACGAGCCCUUCGCCGUCCCCGGCCUCCCCCACAACGUCGAGCUCACGUGCUCGCGCCUCCCCAGAUUUCUUAUCACUCCCGACGAAGCUCUCAUCCGCAUGGGCGAAGCCUACGGGAAGAGCGACGGCGCGGUGAUGAACAGCUUCUACUAUUUGGAGCCGGAUUACGCCGAUCUGAUGAAGCAGUGGGGCGGCAUGAAGGUGUGGCUCGUCGGGCCGGUGUCGGUGUACAAUCGGGAUAUAAAACACAGGGCGGUGAGAGGCGGCGUCGCUUCCGUCGGCUACGACGAUAUCUUGAAUUGGUUGGAUGGCAAGAAGGCGGGAUCUGUGAUCUACGUGUGCUUCGGCAGCCUCGGCCGGUUCACAGUGGCCCAGCUUCGCGAGAUCGCGCUGGGCCUCGAAAAUUCGGAGCACCCUUUUAUCUGGGUCAUGAGAUAUGACGGCGACCUGUCGGAGUUCCUCCCUGCAGGGUUCGGGGAAAGGAAGAAGGGCAUGGUCAUAAACGGGUGGGCGCCGCAGCUGGCCAUUCUGAGCCACGGCUCGGUCGGGGGGUUCGUGACGCACUGCGGGUGGAAUUCCCUGCUGGAGGGGGCCAGCGCGGGCGUGCCGAUGAUCACGUGGCCGCUCUUCGCGGAGCAGUUCAUCAACGAGAAGCUGAUCGUCCACGUGCUGAGGAUCGGGGUCGCGAUCGGCUCAGAUAAGUGCUGCAACUACGCGGAGGAAAGAACGGCGGUGGCGGCCGAGGAGGUGCGGAAGGCAGUGGGGGAAUUGAUGGGUGGUGGCGAAGAGGCGGUGGGAAGGAGGGAGAGGGCGAAGGAGAUCGGCGAGAAGGCGAAGAGGGCUGUGGAGGAAGGAGGGUCUUCUUACGAUGAGGUUGGCUCUCUCAUAGAGCAUUUGCGUAGCUUGAAGAUGAACUAAUUACUGAAGGUUAGAUCAUUUGACUCUGUUAUGUCACGCUUUUGUUGUUUGAAUGUGUUUUACUUGAGUAUUGUAGUUCAUUUAGUUGUUUGAAUGUGUUUGCUGGAGUAUUGUAGGGUGGAGUUCGAUCUUCUUGUAGGCUACGCAUGCCAUUAGAUCUUUCGCCGAAUAAAACAGGUUGUAGCCAUAUGCGUUUACCAAAUA